GAGACAAAUGUUUAAUAUCAAGUCUCUAACUGUCAUAGUCGUAGUCAUAGUCGACACUAACAAGUCUGUACAGAACAAGGGAUUAGGCUGCUGUUAACUAGAUUCCAACGAAUCCCCUCCUACCUUUCUGUCUAAACCGCUCUCAUUUGCAGGAUUUUGGGGUAAACAUUUAGGCACAAGUACAUAAAGGUACAGGUUGUUAUCACAAAGUAAUGCUAUUCAGGUACUAUUGAUACCUUUUGCACAUUUGUAUGAAGAUCAUUCUUUAGCUUUUAUAAACAGGUAGUGACAGUGGGUAGGUAAUGUUUUGCAGGUAGAGUCCCACCUGCAUAAACAACAAGAAAGAAUUUCAGCCAAACUAUUAAGCAGCUGUUUUUCUCUGAACACUUCCUUCCUCAAUUCUGCUCUCAUGCUUGCAGCUUAUUUUCAACAUCAUUAAAGUCCUAUGAGUUAUGCACUCAUACCUAACAUAAUCAGCUGCCAAAACAAGCAAAAAGAACAAAUACAUCUACGAUCAAAUGGUGGAUUUCCUCGUAGAUAACCAGAUAUGCAAAUGUCAAGGAAGAGCAGUGUGUUGAACUCCUCCUACUAGCAGCAAUGCGGGAGUGUAGGUUAAACUUUAGUGCAUAAAUAGCAGCUUGGGCACAGUAAGAAAAGCUGUAUCCUCACCGGAUGAAACCAGCCAGACCCUUGGCAUACAAAUACUUGUUAUUAUUUUUUAAUACAGUUAUUAUCUGUAGUAGCUUUGUCAUUAAGAUCAGGCCAUUAAAUUUAGGCAAUAAUCUGUUUGAGAUCAUUAGUAAUUUUUAUUUUAAGGUUUCUGAUUCUUUGUUUGAUUCCUUUUUAGACUUCAUCGACACACAAAACAUGGCAGAUGCCAGCUUUAAGAAAGAGUUCCUGGAAACCCACAAUGCCUACAGGGCAUUGCACCAUGCUCCACCACUGGAAUACAAUGACGAACUGAAUGAAGCAGCACAGAAAUGGGCUGAUCAUUGUCUGAAAAAGAUGACCCUGGGACACAGUAAGACUGAUGAUGGAGAAAAUGUCUUCUACUCCCAAAGCACCAGAAUUGUGAAACCAACAGGAAAAGAAGCUGUAGAUGCCUGGUACGGAGAAAUCAAGGAUUAUGACUUCAGUAAACCUCAACACCAACCAAGGACUGGACAUUUUACCCAGGUGGUGUGGAAAAGCAGCAAAGAGCUUGGUGUGGGCCUAGCAACUGACGGUCAUACUGUCUUUGUGGUUGGGCAAUACCGAGAAGCAGGGAACGUCACCAACCCAGGUUACUACGAGAAAAAUGUCCUUCCAAAAGGAAACAAAGCUAUAGAUGCCCGUUGUGGAGAAAACAAGGAUGAUGACUUGAGCAAACCUGGAAACCAACCAAAGACUGACUCUAUCAACAAACAAAAUACGCUGGAUGACAGCUUUAAGAAAGAGUUCCUGGAAACCCACAAUGCCUACAGGGCAUUGCACCAUGCUCCACCACUGGAAUACAAUGACGAACUGAAUGAAGCAGCACAGAAAUGGGCUGAUCAUUGUCUGAAAAAGAUGACCCUGGGACACAGUAACACUGAUGAUGGAGAAAAUGUCUUCUACUCCCAAAGCACCAGAAUUGUGAAACCAACAGGAAAAGAAGCUGUAGAUGCCUGGUACGGAGAAAUCAAGGAUUAUGACUUCAGUAAACCUCAACACCAACCAGGGACUGGACAUUUUACCCAGGUGGUGUGGAAAAGCAGCAAAGAGCUUGGUGUGGGCCUAGCAACUGAUGGUCGUACUGUCUUUGUGGUUGGGCAAUACCGAGAAGCAGGGAACGUCACCAACCCAGGUUACUAUGAGAAAAAUGUCCUUCCAAAAGGAAACAAAGCUAUAGAUGCCCGUUGUGGAGAAAACAAGGAUGAUGACUUGAGCAAACCUGGAAACCAACCAAAGACUGACUCUAUCAACAAACAAAAUACGCUGGAUGACAGCUUUAAGAAAGAGUUCCUGGAAACCCACAAUGCCUACAGGGCAUUGCACCAUGCUCCACCACUGGAAUACAAUGACGAACUGAAUGAAGCAGCACAGAAAUGGGCUGAUCAUUGUCUGAAAAAGAUGACCCUGGGACACAGUAAGACUGAUGAUGGAGAAAAUGUCUUCUACUCCCAAAGCACCAGAAUUGUGAAACCAACAGGAAAAGAAGCUGUAGAUGCCUGGUACGGAGAAAUCAAGGAUUAUGACUUCAGUAAACCUCAACACCAACCAGGGACUGGACAUUUUACCCAGGUGGUGUGGAAAAGCAGCAAAGAGCUUGGUGUGGGCCUAGCAACUGAUGGUCGUACUGUCUUUGUGGUUGGGCAAUACCGAGAAGCAGGGAACGUCACCAACCCAGGUUACUAUGAGAAAAAUGUCCUUCCAAAAGGAAACAAAGCUAUAGAUGCCCGUUGUGGAGAAAACAAGGAUGAUGACUUGAGCAAACCUGGAAACCAACCAAAGACUGACUCUAUCAACAAACAAAAUACGCUGGAUGACAGCUUUAAGAAAGAGUUCCUGGAAACCCACAAUGCCUACAGGGCAUUGCACCAUGCUCCACCACUGGAAUACAAUGACGAACUGAAUGAAGCAGCACAGAAAUGGGCUGAUCAUUGUCUGAAAAAGAUGACCCUGGGACACAGUAAGACUGAUGAUGGAGAAAAUGUCUUCUACUCCCAAAGCACCAGAAUUGUGAAACCAACAGGAAAAGAAGCUGUAGAUGCCUGGUACGGAGAAAUCAAGGAUUAUGACUUCAGUAAACCUCAACACCAACCAGGGACUGGACAUUUUACCCAGGUGGUGUGGAAAAGCAGCAAAGAGCUUGGUGUGGGCCUAGCAACUGAUGGUCGUACUGUCUUUGUGGUUGGGCAAUACCGAGAAGCAGGGAACGUCACCAACCCAGGUUACUACGAGAAAAAUGUCCUUCCAAAAGGAAACAAAGCUAUAGAUGCCCGUUGUGGAGAAAACAAGGAUGAUGACUUGAGCAAACCUGGAAACCAACCAAAGACUGACUCUAUCAACAAACAAAAUACGCUGGAUGCCAGCUUUAAGAAAGAGUUCCUGGAAACCCACAAUGCCUACAGGGCAUUGCACCAUGCUCCACCACUGGAAUACAAUGACGAACUGAAUGAAGCAGCACAGAAAUGGGCUGAUCAUUGUCUGAAAAAGAUGACCCUGGGACACAGUAAGACUGAUGAUGGAGAAAAUGUCUUCUACUCCCAAAGCACCAGAAUUGUGAAACCAACAGGAAAAGAAGCUGUAGAUGCCUGGUACGGAGAAAUCAAGGAUUAUGACUUCAGUAAACCUCAACACCAACCAAGGACUGGACAUUUUACCCAGGUGGUGUGGAAAAGCAGCAAAGAGCUUGGUGUGGGCCUAGCAACUGAUGGUCGUACUGUCUUUGUGGUUGGGCAAUACCGAGAAGCAGGGAACGUCACCAACCCAGGUUACUAUGAGAAAAAUGUCCUUCCAAAAGAUUAAAAACUGUACAGGUUGCUGCCAGCAGAGGGAGAACUGCCUCCAGUGUUGUGGAGACAGAGCUGAGAAAGAAGUGUUCUGCACACUUGGACUGAUGGGAAAGGAGGGUCUUUUUGAACUGUUACAUAUUAAAUGGUCUUAUUGAAUGGUGUGUUAAAUAUUAAAUUGUGAUCUGGGAAAAAUGAACAAAACAACAGCUUAUAAUCAAAAAUGUCAUUAAAAUGUU